AUCUAUCUUUCCUUUAGCUUAUAUGAAAAGGAUUAAGUUUUGUGAGAUAUUAACAGAAAAAGGAAGUUAACAUUAUAAAGUUAAAUUUAGUUGUUUCAGUUAUUUGAUAUGAGAGGAUUUAUAAUUAUAAACGCUAAAUAAUAAACCAAUAGUGAUUAAACAGUACAGAGAAUGUUAGAUCUUUAAAUUUAAAAUCAGACAUUUUCAUUUUUGAGUAAAACAUAGUGUAAUUAUGUCAUUUGCGUACCGUAUCAAGCCAGUUCAUUCAUGUGAUGUCUGUAAAAAGACAUUUGCACAACCUACCAAUUUGGCCUGUCAUAAACGUAUUCAUACUGGCGAUAAACCGUACAAAUGUAAAAUUUGUGGACGUCAAUUUAGGUACAAUAGCACUUACAGCGUGCAUAUGGUGUGUGUACAUGGUGUAGGGAAACAGAAGGUGGCGGGUGGUAAACAUGUUGAUCAAGGAAAGCAUGUCCAACGACCCUACAACAAAAGCAGCAAUCGACAAGGAGACUACGAGUGUGAGCAUUGUGGACGCAGAUAUAUGCAAUUUAUUGGUUACUGUCAACAUUUGGUGUCCGAACAUUCGGCUGGGAAACACAAGGUGAAAGCAAGAUAUAAUGCCGAUACAGACAAUAUUGAUCGAGAACCGGACAGCAUUAUUCGAGAAGGUAACAUGUCGAUCCCUGUGCGGCCGCAACAAAACACGUCCAUGUAUAGCAAUGAUCUAGAACCACGGGCGCGUGUAGGCUGUCAAAUUUGUCACAGGACAUUUGUAAGUAUGAACCUACUCAAAAGCCACAUGAGGCUUCAUAAAAUUCCAAAAGCCUCGGCAGAUAGCUGUACAAAUACUGCCAAUGCUACCAGUAACGAUAUACAUCUGCAAAACAGGCGCACAUCUACCAUGUUAAAAAGUGCAACCACCAGAGACAACCAUUUCAAAAAUCCAAAACUCAAAGAAGCCUCUAGAGCUUUCGAGAGCACUAAUGUUACACAUUUAAGAACAAAAGCAGGUACUGUUAGUGACAGGAAUAAACCAAAUAAGCCUGUCAAGAAAUCGGGAAGAAAUAUCCAGGUUGUAGUUAAUGCCAUGACGAAUCCAGUCGCGUCAAAACAGCAUCAAUCCAAAGCUAAAGACGGCACUAUUAGGAGGGAUGCUUCUUACAACGAUGUGGAAACAGGAACCACUGAAAGUGAUUCGGAUAUGUUUGGACAGGAGAAAAGUUCACAGUCGCAGUUGACUCAGAACAUUGUUGAUAAAAUGACUGUUUACACAUGCCAACCAAAGCCGUGUCCCAAGUGUUACAAGUAUUUCAAGACAUCGAUCGGACUGAAAAAGCAUAUGGCUUUCGUGCAUCAAAAAAUGUACACGUGUACAAUAUGUGAUACGUCUUUCAAAACACCAAUUAAAUACACAAAACAUGUGAAAUCUGAUGGCUGUAAACAAGAAGGGAGACAUGCAUACGAAUGCAGUGUCUACAAGUGCCAGUUAUGCGAUUUAAAAUCAUUGAAGAAACAUGCGAAGUCACAUAAAAAGUGUCACAAGUGCAAAAUUUGCGAACAAUGUUUUGUUACAAAGGAAGAACAAAUGCAUCAUUCAAGAACAAGUCACAUUCGAAACGGGCCGUACACAUGUCCCUAUUGCGAAUUGAGUUUUACUGAUAAAAGUAAUCGCUAUAGACACAUUAAACUACAUCACAAAACUUUAAAGCGCCCUUCACAAGACAUCAGAACACUAGAAUGCACUGUACGUAAAUCGCCAGCCGGAGCAGAUAAAUGCCCGUAUAUGUGUUUUCAGUGCAACGAUUCUUUCUCCAAAGAGUACCUGCUCCGAAAGCAUGUGAUGAAAGUUCACUGGAAAGAAGAUAAUAAGGUAAACAAAAUGAAACAAAUGGCUGUAAUACAAAUAAAACAGAAUUGUGGCAAGGCACUGUCAGGACGAAAGGAAAAGGAAGGUAAAGAAAUGGCUGUCGUGCGGAUGGAACCAAAUCAUAAUGUGACGGUUUUAGGAUGUGCUAGUAACAAAGGUGAGCGUUAUACUUGUGAUACUUGUAGUGCAGAUUUUACCACGCGCCACGGUCUCACUGUGCAUAUAAAGGAGAAACAUUUUAUAGGCUCCCUACAUGCUGACACUGAUCGGGUAAACAAUCAUUUCAGCGGGAAAGACACUGUUGAACAAUUGGAAAUUACAAAUACGGAUAAUAUGAGAGACCUUUGGAAGAAGAAAAGAGAACUGAAUGAAGCGAUAUUACGAGACUAUAAUGUUCAUGCUGAUAUUCUUAAUCCAAACCAUGUUGAUCCUGACACAAAUAGAAAGGUAUUCAUGUGUGAAGUGUGCUCAACGACUUUUACACUCAAAGAAAACUUUGUACGGCAUAUAAGGAGAGGGGCGUACAACCAUGGUUUUUACCUAAGAAAAAGAGGAGACAAAACAGAACAUUUUGAAUAUGACAUGUUUAGAAAAUUAUUAAAGGAAAGAUUCACUAUGUUAUCGCACAGACAGAAAUAUACGAAAAUGGCGUUCAAAGAAGCAAGUGCACGUGAAGACUUUUAUAAAUCGCCGAAUGGUAAAACAGUUAUAAAAGAUCUCAAACUUAAUUAUUCUCCUACGUCUAGUACUAAACAUGAAGUGCCAAGCAGCACGCAUAAAGAAGUAUUUGAAGAACAAUCAAGUACAAUGGGUGACGAUGAAGUAACGAUAUACAUGGACAGAGCAGACGAUGUAGAUUGUGAAGAAGAAGAGGGACCUCUCUAUACAGCACGUCCGUACUUUCCUGAGAAAAAUAAAGACACUGAGAUUGUACAGUACGGUAGCAUUCAAUAUGAAGCCGAUAAUACACAAGCUGUUGAUGAUAUACCAACUGUACGUGGACCUAUCGACGGAGAAUGUACUGUACCAGUUGACGAACAUACAUGUAAUACUGAACAUAAUGCAAUAGUUUCAUCAACAGACACAACUGAACUGAUGGUGUUGGCAGAUGGAAUCAAAAGGGCAGAUACAAUUCAUAUGUGCAAAGAUGUAAAUACUACUGAUAUGGCUGAAAAAGGUAAAACGAUGGAAGAAAUCAAAGGUCAGUGUCAAAAUUACGCAGAUGCCAAUUUUGAUACAAUUGAUAUAGCUGAACAAAAGGAGACGCCUGUAGGAAGUAACAGUCAAUGUAAAAUCCAUAUAGUCGAAAAUGUAAAUGACAUAUCUACAAAAGACCUUAUCAUUUCAAGCAGACAUAUAAAUACAAUCACAAUGCAAAGUGGUAAGGUACACAGACCAUUAAAUGCAAACAAACAAUCGCACUUACCUGAAAAAUGUACUAGCACAGGUGCUACAGUGACAGAUUCUGUGUCGUCAGUUUCAAAUUUUGAAGGAGAUGCUAGAGUGUGUAUUAAAUGUGCUGUUGUAGUUUUGCAGGGACAGACAAGUUUGCGAUGUAGAUUGUGUGAUCAGGUAUUUUGUGUAAACUGUUCAGGUCUUCCUAGAGAUGUCUACGAUAUGUUAUGUAGUAACGGGAAAGAAUUUACUACUUGUAUCUAUUGGACAUGUAAUGUUUGCAGACACUUGGUUCCAAAGUUUGCACUACUUGUUCAUCAGCUUAGUGACUUUGAGCAAAUCAUUAAUAACCAGAUAACAAACAUGGAGCAAAGGUUGUCAAUGAUGGGACCUAAUGGAAAUAACUGACUGAAUUGUACUUGUUGCACAGGAUGCGUUGUGAAUUAUGUACAAAUAUGUGCAGUAUAUCUAAAUUUUGAUAUCUUAUUUGUAUCGACUGAUACAAUUUAUGUCUUUACACAAAAUGAUCACACAAAUGAAAGGAUAUUUCCUUCAU